UCCGCCUGUCGGUGCGUUUGCAGCGAGCUGUAAUUUUGUGUGGGUUUGUGUAAUUGAUCAGCGCCGCUCCUCGUUACACUGCAUCAGCCCGCUGUUCCCUUCCAGCUAGCUUCCUUCCCCUCUGCCUGCCUCUCCCUCCCAAGCGAUCAGAGGGGGAGGAGGAGGAGGAGAUGUUGGGCUUCUUGCGGCGGACACUCGGGCGCCGUACUGUGCGCCGGCACACCGAGAGGGAGAAGCAGAGAGAGGCGCAGAGAUCGGGGACUCACAUCCCGGCGGCUGGCGACAGCAGGUCCAUAAUAACCUGCCGGGUCUCCCUACUGGACGGCAGCGAUGUCAGCGUGGAUUUACCGAAAAAAGCUAAAGGCCAGGAAUUGUUUGAGCAAAUCAUGUACCAUCUCGACAUCAUUGAGAAAGAUUACUUUGGCCUCAGGUUCAUGGACUCUGCUCAAGUGGCGCAUUGGUUGGACAAUACCAAGAGCAUCAAGAAGCAAGUGAAAAUUGGCCCACCAUACUGUCUUCAUCUCCGCGUAAAGUUUUAUUCAUCUGAGCCUAACAACCUCCAUGAAGAAUUAACCAGAUACCUGUUUGUACUACAGUUGAAGCAAGACAUUCUGAGUGGCAAGUUAGAUUGUCCUUACGACACAUCAGUGCAGCUGUCAGCAUACGCCAUUCAAGCUGAAAUGGGCGACUGUGAUCCUUCGGAACAUGGACCAGACUUGGUGUCUGAAUUCAGAUUUGUGCCAAAUCAGGAGGAGGAGAUGGAGUUUGCCAUUUUUGAGAAGUGGAAAGAAUGCAGAGGGCAGACACCAUCUCAAGCAGAAAUAAACUAUCUCAACAAAGCCAAGUGGCUGGAGAUGUACGGUGUUGACAUGCACAAAGUCAAGGGAAGAGAUGGAAAUGAAUACAGCCUGGGACUGACCCCAACAGGAGUCCUGGUAUUUGAAGGAGAAACCAAGAUUGGACUUUUCUUCUGGCCGAAAAUCAUCAAAUUGGAAUUCAAGAAGAGCAAGCUAACUCUUGUGGUGGUGGAGGAUGAUGAGCAGGGGAAGGAACAAGAGCACACCUUUGUAUUUCGGCUGGACCAUCCCAAAGCCUGCAAACACCUCUGGAAGUGUGCUGUGGAGCACCAUGCCUUUUUCCGACUGAGAGGACCUGUCCAAAAGAAUUCAAACCAACUGGCCUUUGUACGGAUGGGCUCCCGAUUCAGAUACAGUGGCAGAACAGAGUACCAGACCACCAAGACCAGCAAACCACGGCGGCAAGUGUCCUUUGAGCGUAGGCCUAGCAGGCGCUAUUCAAGAAGGUCGACACAGCAGCGAGCUAAUCCUUUCAACAAAAACUUGGAACCAAGUUUGCUCAUUAACACAGCAACGCAGAGACCUGCCUCUCAGACCGUGACUGUGAGGCCCAUGGUCCCUGUUGUGACUGCAUUACCCAGUGCUCCUGUGCCAAUUGAAAUAGAGAAUCUCCCCAGAAGCCCAGGUCUCAACCAAUCUGAGAAGAGAAGCCUGCAGAUAGCAGAUUUGUUAGACACCAAAGAGCUGUUGGAGACUUCUGUGGAUGAGGUCAUAGGAGUGCCUGUUACCAUGACAGCACCAAGAAUUUCAGAAGAGUCCGUUCAAAGUUUGACCUCUGCUGGGGCAAAUGAGAGUGCACGUGAAAAACCGGAUUCAACUGCAUUGGAAGAAGUGGUAGCAAGACUGAAACAACUCCAGAUAGAGAGCAGUCCUGUAGCUGGGACCAGGCCUGAUGUAAGCUUUAAUGUGAAUGCCAGUAACCAGGAUGAAAUUGUGAAGCCUUUGGACAAGUGCCUGAAGAACACAGCAGAUGCCAUUUGCCCAGGGCUUCCUGAAGAUGUGAAAAGCAACAUUUUGAAAACACAGGUGGUUAGAAAUGACACUGGAGUGAAUGGUAAAAAUUCUAACCCAUUUGACACAGAGUUCAGGAGCUUGGGAGUCGCUGACACUAUUUUAUUGCCGAGCAGAAUUCCCAAGUGGCAAAGUGGUGGGGACCUAUGGAGAAACGUGCCAGCCCAUGACCCUUUCACCUCUGAUGAUCAAAAUGAGGAGGAGGCAGAUCCAAACUGUGAAGUUCCAACCAUUCCUUCUGCUUCGGCAACCACCGAGUCAGCCAAUGAGCUUCCAGCUCUAAAGGACAUUGCUGAGGACCUGGACAAUCUGCUGUCGGCACUGAGUGAGAAUCUGAUUGACUUCACUGAUCCCAGCCCGCUGGGAGGGGUCGUUGCAAAUGGAGUUUUCAGUCGUGAUGCCUCAUCUGCCACGAAGGUAGUAAAACCAGUUGCUGAACCUACACUCUUUCCAAUCCCAUCUUCCACUACAGCUCAAAGUUCCUUGGGGUCAACAUUAUCCACCAGCACCUCCGCGAGGGAUAUGGAGAGGACACUGAAGCCGAAGGGGCUGUUGACAACGGAGUUGUGAGAACUGUGCAAGGAUUACCUUCUACCUGUUUCGGAAAUGAACAUGGCAGCCAACAGCUGCCUGCAUUCAGAGUGCAAGAUGAGUGGUACUCCAAAAGGAGUAACCUAGCAACAUUGACAUCCUCCUUUUGUACAAGAUUCCAGCUCCACUCUUCCAAUCAGGUGGACCAGUAGAUGGACCAGACCAUCCUCCAGGUAGGGUCUUACUUUAUGAGCCCACGUCAAGCUUAAAAACAAUGGAUUUUAGUUCCUGAGACAGAGAAUCUAAAUUCCUAUAAGCUGCUGGUGAAUUAAGACUACUGGAGAAACAGAUUCCAAAGCAGGCAUUAAAACUGGAACAACCGCAAUCAUUUGAUCUCAAGAGAAACAAAAGAACUUCUGGUUGGAGAUAAGUUUGCAUUGACUACUGAUCCUAAAAAAGGAACAACUGACAGAUGCUGGAGUGAUGCUAAAGGAUAAUCACAGAUUGCCAAAAGAGGAAGUGGAUGGGACAGAUUAUAUCACAACAUUGUAGCUUCAGUUCUUUGACCUGAAUUUCUCUAUUGAUACGGCUUCCCACUGGCCCCAAUAGAUGGCAGGAUCAUCCCUUAAAAAAAAUAGAGGCCAAUUUUGAGAACAAUGAACACUUCAACGUGUCAGAUUAUUGAGAUACCCUACAGCCAUUCUCUGGAGAUUCUGGCUCCAAAUCCAGACCAUUGGUAUUGAAGUGAAGGCUGUUGUGGGAUUGGAAAGGUGACACUACCGUAGAAUUACACUGAUUUUCCUGAAGUCUCUGGUAAAGUGGUUUUAGUAACAUUCCUCGUUGAUGCUGAUUGAUAGGGUCCUUUUCAAAGGGCUUGAGCCUUGUCAAAAGAAUUAUAUAUUUGAGAAUUUCUUCUUCAUCAAUACAAAGUGUUUGGAACUAGUAAGUGUAUGAACACCCUGGUUCCAACUGGGAUUCUUUAUUCGCUGUCUGAAAUUUGAAGGGAAGUGGCCAACAUGGUUUGUGAAGAAGACUAAAAAACAUUCUUGCUGUGACUGGAAGGUUCAUCUUGUAACACUUGUAUUAUCAUGACAUCUUUGGAACUAAUUCCACAUGCAUUUUUUUUCGUUUCUCUCUGGUCUGUCUUUUACCUGUCUCUCCUCAUCCAAUUCCCUUGGUCCCCUUCCCAAGCCCACCCCACCCCCCCACCCCCGGAAGUCUGUAACAUGGAUUUGUCUUGAUGUUGGCUGUGGGAGGGUGACCUGGAAUGACCGGUUUUCACAUGCACUCUCCUACCGUGGGAAGGAUUUCCCCUCUACUGUCAUUAUGACAGCCCAUUCUCUGAGGGCUUGGGGUUAUUGUAACUGGAAGUGAUGUCUUAGUUUAUCUUGUGAGCAACUGUCCUUCCAUAUCUGUCCACUGGAAGGCUCGUGAUUGCUUUCUGAUUUGUAUCAUGGUGUAAAAGUUGAUGCUUCAUUGUUAUCGCAGACCCUCUCAGUACAUAAACAGGGCCUUUGACUCAUCAAGUCUGUGCUGGCCAUGUCUGAUAUCAAUCACAUGUUAUUCUGCACACAAUCCCAUCCAGCACUCACCUACACACUGGGGCAAUUCACAGCAGCCAAUUAACCUCUGAAUCUGUGUGUCUUUGGGAUGUGGGUGGAAACCAGAGCAGCCAGAGAAACCCACAUAGUCACCGGGAGAACAUAUCCUCACAAACAGCACAGAUUGAACCCGGGUCUCUGGAGCUGCUAAGCAGCAGUACUACAAACUGUGCCUCUGAGCUGCACUCGCUUCUUGCUGGGUGAUUCCUUGGAGCACAAGGGGAGGGUAGUGAGUAAAUCUCAAUUUGAGCUAACACAGCAUGGAGCUAAUGUACACACACAAUUGUGACCUGUUCUGCAGCCUCACAUUUAUUCUGUCCAGCAGGAUAGAGACUACUGCUGAAAAUCUUUGUCUCACUUAGAUCAAUCAUGUAUGUAUAAAUAGGCAAUGGAUCAGUGCACACCUUAAGAAUUCAUAGAAGUAUUAUUCAGUCAUGCAGUUCCUUUGCCUGCUGUGACUGGCUUUUUAUAUCCCAUUAUGGCAGGCAAGAACAUACUUCACCUCCCAAUCACUGGCGGGGAAGAUGUCUCCAUGUUAAUUACCACCUUGUCUCACUGGUGCCGUGAUUUUUCUUUUCUAAUCAUAGGAUCUGCUUCAUGAUAAUUGAUAUAUUUCUUCCCCUCCCAGAAUGUCCAGGUUCAGACUGUUACUGAAUAUUUGUGGUGGGUGGCAAAGGGGAGGGGAUGUCCUGCUCAUUCCCACCCAGCUUUGUCUCUUCCUCAGAGUCACUACUCAUUGCUCUUUUUAACUCCUGGCUACCAAUGUUUGAAUACAAGCAGUGGAGCACUCUCACUGGGGCGGCAAACCCUGUUGCUUCAGUGUUUGUUAUCAGACCGUUACUCCACAGGUAUGGCUGUGUAACUUCAUCCUUAUUGAACAAGAGAGUCAUGUAUUCAGCCACUACAGCAAAAUUCCCAGUGCAACGUUGCACUGUCAUUUGGGGAUGAAUUCCCAUGAUAGAUAGAAAUGCCAUCAACCUGUUUUGGCUGAGCUUUGUAGACCUCAAGACAUUCAUAGAGUCAUAGAGCGAUACAGCACGGAAGUAGGCCCUUCUGCCCAACAUCUAUGCUGAUUAAGAUGCCCAAUUGCCUGCAUUUGGCCCAUAUCCCUCCAAACCUUUCCUAUCCACACCUUAAUAGUUCACCCAGCAACUUGGCCAGCACCCCUUCCAUCUAUAAGCACCUGGAAAAAAAGCCUUGAAUGAAUGCUUAUUCAUUUCAGUGCUGUCCUAAGAUGUUGGUGUAAAAUGAUUGCAAUGUUUUCCUAUGCACCCUACUCCAAAGAGUAGUUCAGAGUGCAAACCACUGAAGAAAUCUGAUAAUCAACUGUAUAAGUACAAGCGCUUUGUAGUUAUUUUUCCUUUUUUUUUAACAAGAUUGAGUUUAACAAGAGGAGGCUUUAACCUGCAUACCUCGAUAGUUUGCCCCAGUUAAACAAAAACCUCAACCAGCACAACUUUCUUCUGUUGCAUCCUGCUGUAAUGUAAUUUUUUAAGUCAUGGUGUUUGCCCAUUUAUUACAGAGUAAGUUCAGGUAAGACAAGACAAGGUUAGACAAGAUACCUUUAUUAGUCACAUGUACAUCGAAACACACAGUGGAAUGCAUCUUUUGUGUAGAUUGUUCUGGGGGCAGCCUGCAAGUGUUGCCACGCUUCCGGCACCAACAUAGCAUGCCCAUGCCCUUGUACUUGGAAGUUUUGAAAGAAAAAGAAGUAUCUCUUUCUAAAUCCAAGGGGGAUGGAGAAGCUGAUUGGAUAUUGCAAUUGUAAUUUGUAAUCAGACUUGGCAACUGCUAUAGUUAAUGUAGAGAGAUUGGGAGUAAUUCUCUUGAAAUAUUUACAAGCCUGCGCAUUGAUUUAAUUCAUCCUGGGAAUCAAGGAUGUAGAAAACUCAAAAGAACAAAUCUCUUGUCUUCGUUAAAACACACAAGUUAAUGACAACUCGAUGUUCCUGUGAAAAGAUGGUUAGGUUCCACAAAGGUUUAUAAACUCAUAACAUUGCACAGGAAGGCAGCUCCAGCUUUGUAUCAACCUGACCUGGGCAUGUAAUUCUGGUGUUCAGCUAUUUGUUUUACAAGGUGUGUCAUGUAAUCCUUCCCUGGAGCUAUAUGGAAAUAGUUUACUCAUCUGGCCAGAAGUGGACUAUGUGUAAGUUCUACUUUCCAGCUUUCACUUCAGAGCCCUGCAAGUUACGACUUUUCAAGUACUUGUCCAGGUACUUUUCAAAUGUGGCAAGGAUUUCUAUUACCCUCUCAGGCAGUCAACUCAAUGUGAUUUCUGUAAGUCCCUCCCUUGCUGCUCCCCCUCUGUGGUUUCUACUGCUCUUUGUCCACACUCCUGCAAGCCCCUGCCUCAACCCUUCUUCUUGCCUCUUUUUACUGGCCAUAUCCCCUCAACACUCUCGGUCCUGAUGCAGGGUGUCAGACUGAAAUGCCAACUAUCCCUUUGCCUCCAGAGCUGCUGCUCGACCCUCUGAGUUCCUCUAGCAGUUUGUUUCUAGCUCCAGACUCGCACUGCUUGUUGAGUGAUUUUUUUUUCUCUCUCAACUCCCUUCUAAUCCUUCUACCAUUUACUUGAAACCCUGGGUAUUGUUCUCCCUGCUAAAGGAAAAGGUCCUUAUUAAUCUUGUCUGAACUCACCGCAACUAAAUCUCCCCUUGAUUAUUUUGAUUCCAAAGUAAGUAAUUCCAGCCUAGUCAGUCCCUUCUCAUAGUUGUAAUGCUCAGCUCUGGCAGAAUCCUUGUAAGUCUCCCUUUGUUCAAGCCUGAUCAGAAAGGGCAUUUUCCAGUGUAAAGGAGACUUCUUGUCAUUUCAUACUUCUGUGCAGGACAUGCCUGGGUGAAGCUUCAAUUUCCUUCCCCUCAGCACAAUUCACUGGCAGUAUACCUCUAAUCCCCCUGGUCCAGGAAGCACCAGUUUCAAGCCCUGAAGAAAUAAAUGUCCUGAAUAACUGAGGCAACGUUGUUGCACUUUUCAGUACUCUGUACUACAGCAAGUACUCUGAGAAAUGCCCCAGUCAAUUAAAAUGGUCCUCAGACUAUUAAUACUUGCUCAGACCUCAUCUAGUUUUUUUACGUUCAGUUCUGGUCCCCCUACCUCUACUUGGACAUACUGACCUUGAACAUUGUGCAGCAUAAUUUACCAGAAUAACAUUGGGGCUUCAAGGGUUAAGCAGAGAUUGCAUGACUGUGACGUGCAAUCUCAUAAACGCAGAAGGUAGUAGGGCUCUUGAGUCAAGAUGUUUAAAACAACAAAUAAUUUGAUGGGGAGGGUAAAAGGAUCAGUUUCCUCUGAAGGAAACACCCAGAGCAAACAGUGUGAUGCGAUUUAGAAUGUCCUUUUACACAGUGGAAAAUGAUAAUUGGGCUUUCCACCUUCCUCCUUCAAAAUAGGAAUAGUGUGUACACCAGCAAAAUUUAGCUUUGAGAUCCUUUGAUAAUUGCUAGCUGAAAAUAUCAAGGCAUAUGAACUAAAAUCUGGUUAAAAGUUAUUGAGAUGGCUGUGAUCCAAUCAGAUGUUGGACCAGACUUGAGGGCUGAAUGGCUUACCUCUUAACUAUGGCUGUUUGAUAAAUUGCUGGUUUUGGUUCCAUGCUUAUGGGUUUUCCUGCAGCCAAUGUGCCAUGUUCGCUUAAUCACACAAUAACACCACAUAAGACUGAAGGCGCUCCUGAUUAAUUUCCUAGCUGCAAAAUCCACCUCAAUCACAUAGGCAGAUGCGGAGAAAUAAAGCCACAGUGUUUAGUUUUUAUAGAAACUUGCAUUACUAUUUGGUCCAUUGUGCCUGUGCUUUUUUUUGACGGUAUUGUUGAAGUAGGCCCACUUCCUUUGUCUUUAAUAUUUCCUCUUCAAACAUCAAGCCAAUUACCUUGAGAAAAUUGCAGUUGAAUAUGCUUCUAUGACCCUUUCUGGUGUCUUUACUAUAAUCACUCCACCUCUCCAAGUCUCAUACAGGAGGCUAACUGUGUUCUGUUGACAAUCUUGCCACCCUUUAUUGUCUCCACUAUCACCUCCCAGUCUUGGUCGCUAUCCUCACUUUUCACCCCCUCCCCCCCCACCUGACUCCAUCUGCCAAUCAACUCCUCCUCACUUGGAUCCACCUAUUGCUCGCAAGUUCUUGCUCCACCCCUUCCCUUCACCUCCUUAUACUGACUAUCUCCCCUCUACUCUUUCAGUCCAGGUGAAGGGUCUCGACCUGAAAUGCCGACUGUCCAUUUCCCUCCACAGAGGCUGCCUGACCCACUGAGUUCCCCCAGCUGCUUGUUUUUUGCUCUUUCGGUUACCAGUCCACUCAGCAUGGGAGUGUGUUUCUAGCUACUUUAUAAAGCCAUCAUCAUAACAAGUAUGUAUAGAGUUUACUAUUAAUUUUCUGUUACUUCUAAUGCAUAGCAGGUAUAGGACAAAAUUGGAUUUGAAAGUAACCAAGCCAGUGAAUAUUGAAAGAUCACUGUGUGCAGCCAACAAGCUACUGACCCAGAUAGUCAAGGAUGGGCCUGGAUUUAAUCCUCUGAGUUUGUUGAAUUUUUAAUUUGUUCAUGGUAGCAUGUGACACUGGCAAGGCUAGAACUUAUUGUACGUCUCCAAUUGACCAUUGAACUGAGUAGCUUGAACAGAAAGCAUAGUGGAAUUGUAAUUACGCAAGAAUGGAUAAGGAUGAACAGUUCCCUGCUGCAUCUUUGUGUGGUCUUUUCAACAAUCUGGUAGUUUCAUCAUCACCACGACUGAUUCCAGCAAAUUCUAAUUCCAAACUCAGCAUUUAAAUUUCUCUGCCGUUGUGAUGGAAUUUGAAUUAAUCUCUGGAUCAAUUAUCCAGACUUCUGGCUACUAAUCCACUAGUUUAAUGUGCAUGCAACCAUACCCUAACUUCACUACCCUAAGAUCUCAGCUGGGGUUGGCUUUAAGAAAUUCUGCAAAAUUCCACGAGGGGUGAGGACAAGUUUUAAUGUAGCACAUUGUUCUGACCUGUUGAUGCACAGCCCAAAAAUAAAAGCAUGAAAGGGACUUUCAAAAGAAAUUCUCUGAGGGGAAGGGAAUGGAACUAAUACAAAGAAAAUACUACAGAUGGUGGAAAUUUGAAUUAAAAAUACAAAAUUCAGUAAAUAUUCAAUAGACAGCAUCUGUGAAGAGGGAAACAGAGAUAACAUCAGUGGCUUUUUUAUUGAAGUAAUUGGAUAGCAUUUUUAAAGUGUUGACACAAAUACUGUGGAUCACAGAAAAUCCACGACACACAAAGAGGCUAUUCGGCCCACUGAGUCCUCACCGGUCGAAAACAGCACAGUAAGAUUCUGUGAGAAAUUAACAAUGUGAAUUGUGGUACACAAUAACAAUGUGAAUUGUGGUACACAAUAACAAUGUUCCUGGUCACUGGAUGAACAUCCUGGGUUGCUGAAACGUAGACUGGAGUGUGAGUUGGGAGAUGAUCAAUCUUGCCUUUGAUGCCUGCGUAAAUUGAAUAGGCUGUUAACCAGUACCACUUAAUCUGACUCAUGAAAGUUUAUCCCUUCUUUAUUGUGCUGGAUGCUUCCUGUGUUAAUGCCCUUGAGGGGAUUAAAAUAGUAAAAAAAAAUUCUAAGAAGUAUACAUGUAUUUAUUAGCUAGUGCACAAGGUAGGACCACUGUCUCCAGAUACAAUUUGCUGUUAAUUUAUAGCUCUAGAACUUCUAUGUUAAAGUGCAAUUUUCACUAGUCCUUGAGCUGUAAUUUAUUUUUUGAUUUUAAAAUGCACGUUUUGCUGCAUCUUCACAAUUAGUUUAUGUAUAGACCAGUAAUAAGGGCACAACAUGAUAUUGGUUAAAAUUGUGAUUCGUAGUUUAAAAGUCUUUUGUACAUUUAUACAGUGUGGUUUUUAUUUUUCCUCGUACA